GCUGCUGAAACAACUCGACAUAGGAAGGAAGUUCUCUUGAGAUAGUAUCGUUUUUAACUGUGAUUUCUUUAUACUGCAUGUAAACCACACACUUAACUUAAAGAGAUUUGCAAUUUUCAAUUGAUAUAAGUAUCCACUAAUUUCGUAUUCUAAUUAAACAACAAGGAGCAACUCUUUUGUGUAUAACAGUUCUAGACCUGUUCCUUCAAAUAAUAAAUGCAAAAAUGGCGGAAAACUAUACAAAUGUUGAAAUGUCGCUCGACGACUUCAAUGAUGACGAAACAGCAAAAAGAACAUCUGCAAUCGUUUAUUUAUCAGUUGUCAUGGCCUUAGGUAUUCCUGGAAAUUUACUAGUGAUUAUUGUGUACUUUGGUUCACACGGGCGAAGAGAUGGCACACACUGGAUGUACAUCCGGGCUUUAUCUAUCACCGAUUUACUGGUGUGUACGGUCGCAAUACCAUUUGAAUUGUUCCAACAAACGCACCAGUUAACAUUUUAUUCUGCAGCAGGAUGUAGUAUAUUCAGAUCAAUAAGCGUAAAUUUAUCCUUGACCUCAUCUCUUCUUUUAAUUGCGAUGUCAGGAAAUCGUCUUAGACGGGUAUGUCAACCUCUAAAAAAACAGCUAACUAUGAAACAAGGUUAUGUGACGAUUGCCAUCGUAGUUGGAAUUGCCUUGUUAUUUUGUUGGCCGGAAGGAGCGUUGAGUGGAAUAAGCUUGGAAAGGUUAGAUAACAAUUUGACAGGAUAUGAUUGCAGCUUUUCAGACAGAUUUCGCGGGGAAAAUUACACAACGAUAUACAGUACAGUCCUUUUAACAGUGUAUAUUUCCUGUAUGCUUGCACUUGUUAUUAUGUAUUCAAUAGUUGGACAGAAAGUGAUCGAACGAACCAAAUUUCAAAAAUCUCUCCGAAGAAAAUAUUCAGUAUCACCGUCAUCUGCUGUUACAGAGACAACCGCAAGUGAAAACCUUACCACCGACACAUUGGAUGAAAAAAGUGAAUGUGAGGAUGAAAAAAAAUCUAUUGAAAUGAUUAAACAUUCAGGAAUAAUUGAAAAUAACGACAAUAAGCCACAUAAAAUAAAGCGUAAGACAGUUUCAGAGAAGAACCCAUCGAAAAAGGUUACGCGGAUUGCAUUCGUUAUUAGUUUCUGCUUUAUACUGAGUUACCUGCCGUACGUUGCAGUAAAACUGAAUGCGUCUGUCAUAAAAGGUCGAUUUGUAAGAACGCCACUUACAAACGCCAUCUUUCCUAUCCUGGCGAGAACAUCGAUCAUUAACAAUAUCGUAAAUCCUGUCAUUUACGGAUUUCUCGAUCCGACGUUUUUACUAAAUUGCAAAAUGACGAUUAAACAAAUCCUUUGCAUAAAGUCCCAAAACUAAAGAUAUUUUAUUUGA